UAAUAGGCCCGGGGGUUGGGGACCCCUGCUCUAGGGGGCUGGCUCCUAUCAGGGGAACUGUUUCAUCAGGAGACACAGUUAAUAGAUCCAUUAAACUUUAACCUACUGAGGUUUCCCAGUACUUUUAGGCUCCUUGUGCCAAGAGACCAGCAGACAAGAAAGAAUCACCAUCCUGGUUGGAGUAAUUGAAUCUGAUCAGGAGGAAGUGGAGUUACUGACAAUGAGGGCAGAAAGGAAUAUAUUUCACACUCAAUGCAUCCACUAGGGUGUCUCUUUGAUACUUUCCUACCCAAUAUCAGGAGUAAAAUGGGCAACUUCCAAAAUGGCAGAAUAAGGACCUCUAAAAACUGGCUCUUCCAUAAAAAGCAAUGAGAACACUGGCAAAAAUUGUCAAAAUCAACCUUUUCAGAAUUCUAGAAACUAAAGGCUUGCGACAAUCUAAGGAACAGCAUUCAUUCAAGAAAAACAGCUAAGUCUUGAUUUAAAAGGAAAGCUUCUGGCUUUUUAACUUGCUCUAUUCCCACCCCCUCACCUCUAAUACAAUGUUAAAUUGUUCCUAAUUUUAGGGAGAAUGCCUCUACUGUGUUUCACCAUUAAGUUAUAUGCUGUCCUUAGGUAGUAUCCAUAGAGUCCCAUUAUAGUGCUGUUUUUAAAAAAUCAUCCUUUUUCCACUGCACUGUAGUGUCACUUUUAUGAUAAAUCAGGUGAUUGUAUAUGCGUGGGGCUAUUUCUAGACUUUCUCUUCUGUUCCAUGGGUCAGUUUUUCUAUCCAUGUACCACCAAUACCAUCUUGUCUAAAUUAGAGCCUUAGAAUAGGUCCUGAUAUGAUACUGUAAAUCAUUCAACUUUGUUCUUUAAGAUUGCAUUAGUUAUUCUUGACCUUUUGCAUUUUCUUACGGAUUUUAAAAUCAGCUUGUCAAUUUUUUGAAAACAAAUCCUGCUGAGAUUUUUUUGGGGGGAGGAAUUACAUUGAACCUAUAAAGUAAAACUGACAUCUUUGCAAUAUUGCAUCUUUCACCUUGAAGCUUUUGUUCUACUCAUUUGGGUGUAGCUAUGAAACGAGAAGUGAUUAUCAGAAGCCUGGAUGACAGGAUCCCGUCCAGGGUGAAGGAUCCUAUAUUUCCCGUCUGUCAGAGGGAUACUAUAUACAUCUCCUCUAGGUUCCCUGCCUUGACAGAUGUUUUUAACUUAGUAUUACUUGUACUCUUCCUCUCAGCAGUAUCUAAUCCCUCAGAUUAUUCUUAACCAUCACCUUAGAUGACUAACAUAUUUGAGCCUAUCAUAUAUUUAUAUCCUAAUAUAAAUUCAGUACUACUGAAUGGUUAUCACAUAUAACAACCCAAACUAAUAAACAGUAUCUUCACAGUACUAACACAGUAUUGUGUUAGUAUCAUAGGGGUUCCAAUGAGUAUUUCUCCUAUAAUCUGUUUACCAUAUACCAUACUAAGUACUUAAAACAUAUUGUUUUAAUUUGUGUAACAAGCAUGAGCAAUUACUUGCAGAGGAUAAGACCUUAGGCUGUGGAAUCUGAAAAGUGUGAGUUAGAAUCCUGCCACUCUUAAUUGCCUGUGUCCUUGGACAGGGUUGUGGAGGAUUAAAUUGGAUAAUACAUGUUAUAUGUUUUGUAUCUUAUCUGACAUUAUUAACCUUUUUUUCUCUUUUUCCCAGAUGAGGAUACUGAAGAUUAGAGCUUAAGUACAUUGUCUAGAGACAGAGAACUAGUGAGAAGCAGAAGUGGGUAUAUUUGUAUCCAGUAUUGUUCUGACCUUGUCACAGCGAUCACUUUUCAAGUUUUACAUGUACAGCUCAGCCUUUCUAUUAGCUGCAACCUCAGUGUUGGUAAAUUAUUAUGCUGCUUUGCACAUGGACUUCUAUGGUGCCUACAACACAUCAGCUUUUGGAAUCGAGCUGCUUCCUCGAAAAGGGCCCUCGCUGUGGAUGGCACUCAUCGUUCUACAGCUAACAUUUGGAAUUGGAUACAUUACACUACUCCAAAUUCAUUCCGUCUAUUCACAGUUAAUUAUUUUGGAUCUCUUGGUUCCUGUAAUAGGCUUAAUCACAGAGCUACCAUUACACAUCCGAGAGACUUUAGUUUUUACUUCUUCCUUGAUUCUCACAUUAAAUACAGUGCUUGUCUUGGCAGUGAAACUUAAGUGGUUUUAUUAUUCCACAAGAUACGUUUAUCUUUUAGUGAGGCACAUGUAUCGAAUUUAUGGAUUACAGUUAUUAAUGGAGGACACAUGGAAGAGGAUUCGUUUCCCAGAUGUACUGAGAGUCUUUUGGCUAACAAGAAUUACAGCUCAGGCUACAGUAUUAAUGUACAUUUUAAGGAUGGCAAAUGAAACUGAUUCCUUCGUCAUUUCUUGGGAUGAUUUCUGGGACCUCAUUUGUAAUCUUAUAAUUAGCGGGUGUGAUUCUACACUCACUGUACUGGGCAUGAGUGCUGUAAUUUCCUCAAUAGCCCAUUAUUUGGGUCUUGGAAUAUUGGCCUUUAUUGGAUCAACUGAAGAAGAUGACAGGCGGCUUGGCUUUGUAGCACCUGUUUUAUUUUUUAUUUUGGCUCUUCAGACUGGUUUAAGUGGGCUAAGACCAGAAGAGAGACUUAUUCGCUUAAGUAGAAACAUGUGCCUUUUAUUAACAGCAGUCCUGCAUUUCAUCCACGGAAUGACAGACCCUGUAUUAAUGUCUCUCAGUGCCUCUCAUGUGUCAUCUUUCCGUAGACAUUUUCCUGUGCUCUUUGUCUCUGCUUGCCUGUUUAUUCUUCCUGUUAUACUCAGUUAUGUUCUUUGGCAUCACUAUGCACUAAAUACAUGGUUGUUUGCAGUUACAGCCUUUUGUGUGGAACUCUGCUUAAAAGUAAUUGUUUCUCUCACUGUUUAUACGUUAUUCAUGAUUGAUGGCUACUAUAAUGUCCUCUGGGAAAAGCUUGAUGAUUAUGUCUACUAUGUUCGUUCAACAGGCAAUAUUAUUGAAUUUAUAUUUGGAGUGGUAAUGUUUGGAAAUGGGGCUUAUACUAUGAUGUUUGAGUCAGGAAGUAAAAUUCGGGCUUGUAUGAUGUGCUUACAUGCCUAUUUUAACAUCUACUUACAAGCAAAAAAUGGCUGGAAGACAUUCAUGAAUCGUAGAACUGCUGUAAAAAAAAUUAAUUCACUUCCUGAAAUAAAAGGGAGCCGCCUACAAGAAAUAGAUGAUGUAUGUGCAAUCUGCUAUCAUGAGUUUACAACAUCUGCUCGUAUUACACCAUGUAAUCAUUAUUUCCAUGCACUUUGCCUUCGGAAAUGGCUGUACAUUCAAGAUACUUGUCCAAUGUGCCAUCAAAAAGUGUACAUUGAAGAUGAUAUCAAGGAUAAUUCAAAUCUAUCUAACAACAAUGGAUUUAUUGCACCCAAUGAAAAUCCAGAGGAAGCUGUAAGAGAAGCUGCUGCUGAAUCUGACAGGGAAUUGAAUGACGACAGUUCAGACUGUGACGAUGACGCUGAGAGAGAAAGAAACGGAGUGAUUCAGCACACAGGCCCAGGAGCUGAGGAACUGAUUAAUGAUGAUACUGAUUAAGUAGCAUUUACUAAUCAUUGAGGUAUUUGUUUAAAAUUCAGUUCAUCCAACAUGGAGUAAUACGCUUCACUUCAGUGUGUAACCAAGCACAAAAACAGUAUCAAUGUUGAAUCUGUGAAUGGUUUUCCGUUUACUGUGAUGUGCUACUGUAAAUAUACCUCUUCAGUUACUUCUGGUCUCUUUGGUGACCUAUUUAAAUUUGUGUACAUUAUUGUACAUAGAAUAAAAUUUUCACAUUUUUAUGACAAAUUUGAACAAAUAACUUUUUAAUAGAUGUAAUAAUAUGGUGCGUCAACUGUGCCAAAGAUUCCUCAAUGAAAGUAUAUAAUGUGUCUAACUCUGGACCCUAGUUUUUCUUUAAAAUGGGUGGGAGAGAAUAAAAAUGCAGAUCAGGGGAAACCAUGUUAAAUCAAAGAAAUCAAAUAAUUUGUACCAGAGGA